AUGAAUUCUAUAUUUAGUCUUGAUACAUUUAAUUUGAUUUAUAAAAUCAAACCAUUUGUUGAAAAGGUAUUUAAUGACGAGCCGUAUUUUAUUUUUAAAAAUAUAAAAGAAAAAUUCAUUAAAACAUUGAAUAUUUUACAAGAAAUUGACGGAUUAGAAAAAGAUAUUUAUGAUUUAAUUGAUUGUAUUUAUAAAAACUAUAAGAUUUUAGAAGAUUUUACAAAAAAUGAUUGUCAAGAGAACCAGUUGGAAUAUUUUAAAUUUAAAAAAGAAAAGUUUAGAGUUUUAGAAAGAGAGUCUCUAAGACUUUUAAAUUAUUUCAAACUUGAUAAAUUGAAUAAUAAUUUUAACAAUUCUAUAUACAUAGAAUAUAGUGAAAAUUUGUAUUCUAUUGUUGAAUUUUUCAAAAACAAUCAAAUAUUGGCGUUUUAUUUGUUAGCGACAGAAACUGAUUAA